GACGUUUUUCACGUUUCCCGCAGUUGAUGCGCUGAAGACGUCAGCGAUUCAAGUAAACCGCGCCAAUUUCACCCAGUGAAAGCUUUUCAAGACUAUUUCGAAAAUUUUUUUACUGUGUCGGUGAAAAUUUUUCGCGAAUUGUUCGAAAACUUAUUCGAGGAAAAUUUUUUUUUCGCGAAGAAUAAUUUUUUUUCAAAUAAUUUUUUAACGUAAUUUUUUCCACAUCUUCCCCGGGGAGGAUUUUAUUUUCAGAGUUGAAUUUUAUUUUUUUUUUAUUUUUUCAAAUGUCAUGUGUGUUUUAAUUUAAGCCAUGUGGUACCCUGUAACGUGAGAAUAACUUCGUGUAACCGAGAACACUGACAACUCGACGCGGAUAACAAGAUAUGGUAAAAAAUGGCGAUGGCGUACCGGCAAAAAGCGAAGCAUAGCGCAAAGGUACCAUAACAAGGGACACGAUACAGAUAAAAAAAUGGCAACACCGCCAAUAACACCAUCAUCAUUCCAUCAUUUCUUCACCGAGCUCGCAACACUAUCAACGAUACUCAGAGCUCGAUGAAGUAAUACCUACGUGAUCACCAAUGAACAUUAAGGCUGUGAUGUAAAUUCUAACCACCUCUAAAACACCGAUUACCUGCAUACGAAUUCCUCCUGGCGCAGAACCCGCUCUCGACGAUUUAGCAUCCGAAUUCAACAGAUGGGACGGUUACAUCGAAACUGAGCAGAAAUAAUGCUGGUAGAGGGGUAUCCGGAGCUCUAUGAUAAAACUGAACAAAAGCAUAAAGAUAAAACCCACAUAUCCAAUGUUUGGAAGUUGAUUUCUGCAUUAUUGGAAUCAAAAAUUGACCGUUACCCGAUCGUCAUCAUCUCGGAAACGAUAAAGUGCUGAUUUUUGCUCAUCGGCCUCUACUCUCUGGCCAUCUCGACCAUCUCCCAUCAUCUUUCUCUUUCUGCACUCUGGGUUAAAACCACGUGAACACCACAACGGAAGGCUGGGCGAACGCGGCGAAGCGUCUUCACUUGGCGUGCCCGCAACCAACACUCAUCACACCCAUCAGCGAGGCCACCAAUGAUGACAGUGAUGCUUAUCCGACGACAUUUGAGAAGAACCGCCGCCACCACAGCCACUACAACGACGACAGCCACUUCUUCAGCCAGUUAUUACGCACAACCGCAAUAUCCGGCCCAUCCGUUGAAAUUUCGAAUGAAUUACUCGUCGCCUACCAGGGCUAUGCGUUAUUAUCGUAUUUGGAUUUAUACGUGCAAUGCCGUCCUAUUUGUUUGCGUAAUCGGUUUCAUAAUCGUCGCUUGUAAAGUAAUCGUGGCCGAUCCGCGCCGAACCCUUAUACCGGACUUCAACCUCACCCAUCCCAGUUUACUAUACGCUUAUUUCGCGCUCAUUAUGCAAAGCGGUUUCCUACAAUUGGUCGGCUGCUUAGGUGCUAGAAAUCUAAACGAGCGUCUCCUAAACGUUUAUUGGUGCUUAUUACUGUUACUAUUAAUCGGCGACGUGUUACUGGGCCUAUUUUGGGUACACCAUUUCGAAUAUAUCGUUACGCAAGUGCGUCCCGUGCUCAAGAAUCGAUUUCGCGCGCAAUACGGUUCGGACAGCGAGUUCACCGAAUUAUGGGACAUGGUGCAACGUAACGAUCAAUGUUGCGGAGUCGAAAACUACAAAGAUUUUUAUCAAAAUUAUUCCUUCGUUAAUUGGGUUACAGUUACCUCGUCGUCAACAGAUGAAGAUCUGCUGUCACCAACCGCCUUGCUGCCAGCCAGUUGCUGCGGAGGUCUAUCAGUCAGACAAGUGACGACGUUAAAACCGCCGGAAGCUCGUCGCAAUCUAAUAUUUUCGACGACGACAACCUCGAGCACAACGGUACCUCCACUGCCACCAAUAUUCUCCACAGCCGAAUCGAUAUCGGUUACAGAUUUUAUAAUAACUGAUGGCAUCAGAAUAAGGUGUUCCAGAGAUGACGAAGUAUUCUAUACGACAGGAUGCGAAAAACGACUACUGACGUGGUUACGUUCCAGUCUAGAUAUAUUAUUCGUAUUAGGUUACUGCGUUAUAUCGUUCCUUAAAUUAUGCUUCCUCGGUAUUUUACGGUAUGAAAUACGAGAAAUGAUACAAAAAAUUAAGAUUUUACAAAGUGAGCAACACAAUAAUGCAGAAUGUCAAGAUACUUCGUUAUCAGGAGCUCAGAAAUUCCAACAGAUACGUCGAUACGACCAUAAUGGUAGUGUAAUGGGAGUAGCACAACCCCUACUCGAACGGCAUAACAUGGAUGCAGAUUCGACGCACAGUAUGGAUCGCGAAAACAGUUUGGCAGACGACGCCGAACUUUCGGCCACUUCGCCUCUGCUAAUGCCGAUGGAAAAACGUUCAUCUCAAGAGAACAUUGACUCUUUCCAAACAACACCAGCUCACCUGAAUCUAACAAAUCACCAAAGACAUUUAUCUUUACUAAACGCCGACACCGGUAACGAUUCGGAUACCAACAGCCAUUGCGCGCUGAUAAUUCCGGACGAAGCUCGAGCGAAACGAGCUCAAAGGUCUUCGAACGGUAACAACAACUACGAAUUACACGAGUUACAAGAUUUAGACAGGAUAAAAACCAGCAGAAACAGGAAUAAGAUUUGACUACGGCGAUGCAUCGCAUUAUGGGUAAAGCCCGACGAAGAAUGCGUUAACUUUCCAUUCGACAUUACUAGAUCCGAGUCAGAAGGUGACUAUUGAACUACCUACCUACGCAUCUAGGUAAAUUCCUCCUCGAUUUUAAUUAUAAAUAUAUUCGUUGUAUUUGUGUAAUAUAAUUACGAAAAAACAAUUUUUAAUUUUAAUGUUUUGUUUUAUUUUUGUUAAUUUUUUUUGCCCUUGAAAAAAAAUUGUUCUCGACUGUUUAUUUCUUCCAAUGGUACGAUACGAAACCUCUCUCUCUUCAAGUCACCGCAGCAAAAAAUCGAUUUUAGGCGACAAUACCUACAUAGUCGUAAAAAAAAUGAAAAGCAUUUCCCUGUUGUGCAAAUUAUAAACAAUAACAUUGACGAUUCGAAAAUAUUACGAGUUUACGUUCAUUAAAAAUGUUGGCAAUUUGAGUAAGUUUAUAAUUGUUUUAUGAGUAGUUGGUCGUAUUGAAAAAUUUCGAAAACUUGAUCCAAACUAAUUUCUAAUCGAGGCUUCAUGAUUAAAAUGAUCAAAGGAAAAAUACAAUACCACGAAUUGAAAAAAAAACCUAUCACAUAACGAAAUUUUUCAACGAAAAGCUUCCCCUAAAGUGAAAAAGUUGAAUGAAAUGAGCAAAAGCAAAAUAAAAUAAAUGACGAUGUGGAGCAAACCAGGCUGUUUGAAAAAUUGACUGACAUUCCCCAAAAAACGUGAGAAUUAGACUAACACCAACUGAAAACCAGUUUUUAUCUGUCUCUAAUGAAGUAAAAACUUUCGUCAUAGCGCAAAGGUCAGAUACCUACUAAAAUUAUUUUUAAAUGUUUCGAAUUAGUUUCGAAACAUCAAAUGAUUACCUAUCAGGUUUCACACGAAGGGAAAUGAAAUGAACGGUUCGAAACAAUAAUUAACGCUAAUCAAAUACAUAAAAAUUCCCAAUAUACGGUGUAAGAAUAUUUCGUACAACUGAAUAUAAUACGCUUUUCACAGACAAUUGUGUUAAAUGUUAAUUUGUUAUCAUGUAUUCUUUUUUGUCUUUGUUUAUGUUGAUAAAUGAAAAUAAAUUAUGUAGAUAAA